CUGGGGAUCUCGUUCCUUGAUUGAUCGCUUGUCUUGUUCGUGUUAUUUAUUUUUUUCGUUAUCCAUCUCAGAGGAUUACUCAGGUGGGUUCCCCCUUCUAAUCUUCCCUCCCCCUGCGUUCUCGCUCUCGCUCUCUCUGGAAACUGGUGAUCGCCUCCCCCGAAACCUAUGGUCUCUAGGCACCGAGUUCACUAUGUCCACGCACGAUACACGAGCGAGUUGAUUUGUGUUGUUUGUGAUUGCUUCCACGCACUCAUUAUUCAUCUCUAAUAUGGCUCUCAUUCCUAUUGGGGAAUUAUUUAGGAUACAAGAUGGGAAACGAUGAUAGUGACGAUAAUGCUGAUGCCUCGUUUCAGAGCUUCUCUUCUCCGACCAGAUCCACCAGAUCUGUCGUGAUGGCUGACCCCACCGAUCUGAAUCUCGACGCGCCAAGCGACCUUCAGGAUAUUCCUGAAAUGUCCAUGCAACUGGUUCCGCCGCCAGAAGGAACCUUUCCUGAUAAAGCAUCUCUUCUUGCUGCAGUCCAAGCCCACGGAAAAGCCCAUGGUUACAAUGUCGUCGUCAAGUCUUCGAGCACUCCCACCGAGAAGAAACCCGGACGGACGGCCAAGGUAUGGCUACGGUGUGAUCGAGGUGGGCAUUAUCGGCCACGGAACGGCCUGACAGAAGAAACGCGGAAACGGCGGAGGACAUCUCGUCUGAUGGACUGUCCGUUCAUGCUGGUCGCAGCUGGUACUCCUGGCAUUUGGACGUUGACCGUCCUCAAUGCGACGCACAACCAUGGCCCAGUCAUCGAAAAGCCCCGGCAAGUGCCCCAUCACAAAGUCCGGAAGGGUCAGAUUCCUGCAAUGCCAUACGAUUGGCCGCAUGACGCGACUCUUACGCCAUAUACCACGGCUUUGGUGAUUAUUGACAUGCAAAAAGACUUCUGUGCAUCUGGGGGGUACAUGGAGUUUCAAGGCUACGACAUCUCAGCUUCCCAAGCAAUCAUCCCCAAGAUUCAGCAUCUUCUCAGUGUGUUUCGCUCCUCGGGAUUUCCUGUAUAUCAUACACGAGAAGGGCAUCGACCUGAUCUGUCGACUCUUUCCAGCAGGGAAGCGUACCGUUCUCGAAACAAUGCAUCUGGUCUUGGAAUCGGUUCCCCGGGUCCCUUGGGUCGGCUUUUGAUCCGUGGGGAACCAGGGCACGAUACUAUUGAUGAGCUGUACCCGAUUCCCGGGGAACCAGUCAUCGACAAACCAGGCCGGAGUGCUUUUGCACAUACUGACUUUGAGCUACUCCUGCGUAACAAGGGUGUCAAGAACCUGGUCAUUGCGGGAGUCACUACAGAUGUCUGCGUGUCCACCACGAUGCGAGAAGCCAAUGAUCGAGGAUUCGAUUGUGUGCUCGUGGAGGAUGGAUCGGCCGCCGGCGAGCCGUCUCUUCACCUGAGCACAAUUGAUUCGAUCAAGAUGGAAGGAGGGAUUUUCGGAGCCGUGGCCAAAGUAGAGGAUCUGGUACACGCUGUUGAGAAUUUUAAGGCCGUCACUGUGAAGAAGCUGGCUCCUCAGUUGACGGUUUAAGGGCAGAUGAACCAGGGGAUCGGGUUGGAUUGUGGGGACUCUUAGGUCAGGCGUUCAGAGGAUUUGAUAUUCAUAGCGUGUCCGUGGUUUUGCUUGUCGCCUGUGGCUUUGGGAUUUCUUCUUCCAGCGAGUUUAGCGUAUGGACUGGGGCCAACAUCAUGACUUUGGAGAACAGUGUUAUUUGCAAAAAGAUUACAUUCAUCUCGGAUUAUCUGGGUAUCAUACGAACGGGUUUAUCGUCUGCAGCUCUCUGUAUGCAAUCAAAACAAAAAAAAAAAAAAAAAA